AUGGGGAGUUUGAAAAGCAGUGAAGUUGGGGCCUUCCAAAUCAGCAGCAGUAUUUCAAACGGUAACACUACUACUAAUAAUAUCACCGCCACAAUUACUAGUGUGGUUGUCAAGGGCCAUGAUCAGAAGAACAAUAGUUGCAGCAUCAUCACCAAUGACCAAAUCCCCAAGAUGGAAACCAGCCUGAUUCCUCCUCCUCGUAAUCAACAGCCACAGCUGGAUGAUGAUGAGAAGGGGGUGAUUGAAAACAUUAAUCAGUCUGCCGCCGCAGCUGAACAUUCUCUGUGGGAGUUUUUUGCUGAUCAGCUUGAAGGUGACUUCAUGGUAUCUUCUCCUGUCAGGAACCUCCCUCCUGUUCAGUCCCAUCCUUCCUCAUCCUGUUUCCCUAAUCAUAAUCACCCUCAUCAAUCCUGCUGCCUGGACAAUGACGAUGAUGGUGGAACCCACUGUCUGAUUAGCUACGACGAUGCCCAUCAUCCAAUUCCCAUGGGUUGCUCCCCCUGUCCUAGUCCUUCUGCCCACAGCGUCAUCAUGUCCUUGUCAUCCCCAGUACGCUCACCCCUCCCCCAACCUUACAACAGCGCCACACCCAACAGUAACUAUUACAUUGGUGGUUUUAAAGGCGGGAACAACAACAACAUCAAGGGCAUGAGCCCUAUUCACAGGGUUCUCAUGAACUCCCCAACCAAUCAGUACAUGGAGAUCGAGUCUCUCUCCUUGCCUGCUCUCGAAUUCUUAGAUGAUCUUGACAAAGACAAUGAUGAAGUUGGGGGGAUUUCUUCAUCACAUGAUUGUUUUGAUUUUUCAUCGGUUCCUGAGUUGUUAGAGUGCCUGAUAAUGCCUGAUGCUUCGGCUGCCAUCUCCCGCUGCUCUGGUUCACUCUUGUCAUCCACCCAAGAAAGUUCUUCCAAUAAUGAUACCACCAGUGUUAGUUAUCCGAUGAGCCCCAGCAGCAACGGGGCGCCAUUAAUCCAUCAAUUACAACAGGAAAGGCAGCAUGAGAAGCAACAGCAGCAGCAGCGAAAGCAGCAGCAACAGCAUCAUCAUCAUCAAACUCAGCAACUGCAGCAGCCGCAGCCGAUGCAGAACAUGACCGGUUCCACCUUGAUGGUUCCUCUUUCUUUCGGACCAGAACAGGAACAGGACAGCGGAUUGCGCCUGGUUCAUCUUCUCCUCGCCUGCGCAGAAGCAGUAGCAAAAGAAGACUACAUGUUGGCCAGAAGAUACCUUCACCAUCUCAAUAGGGUUGUCACACCACUUGGAGAUUCAAUGCAGCGUGUGGCUUCCUGCUUUGCUGAAGCCUUAGGUGCAAGGCUUGCAGCCACCUUAACAGCAGCUUCAAAACCUACUAAUAAUAGCACUACUGCUACUACCUCGUCCUCCUCUUCUUCUGGUCCAAAACCAUUUACACCUUUCCCUCCAAACUCUCUUGAAAUCCUAAAGAUUUACCAGAUACUAUACCAAGCUUGUCCCUACAUCAAAUUUGCUCAUUUCACAGCUAAUCAAGCCAUCUUUGAGGCCUUUGAAGCCGAAGAGAGAGUACACGUAAUUGAUCUUGACAUCCUGCAAGGCUACCAAUGGCCGGCUUUCAUGCAAGCUCUGGCAGCUAGGCCCGGCGGUGCUCCAUUUUUAAGAAUAACUGGCGUAGGGCCCUCUCCCGAGGGCGUGAGGGAGACCGGCAGAUGCUUGACAGAGCUAGCUCACUCUCUUCACAUCCCCUUUGAGUUUCAUCCAGUUGCAGAACAGCUGGAAGACCUAAAACCACACAUGUUCAACAGAAGAGUAGGCGAGGCGCUGGCAGUCAACUCAGUGAACCGGCUGCAUCUCGUGCCUGUCAACUCCCUCGGUAAUCUUCUAGGAAUGAUCAGAGAUCAAGCGCCGAACGUCGUGACCAUUGUUGAGCAAGAGGCCAGCCACAACGGGCCUUACUUCUUGGGCAGAUUUCUCGAGGCUUUGCAUUACUAUUCGGCCAUAUUUGACUCCUUGGACGCAACCUUUCCCCCGGAUUCUGCACAGAGAGCCAAGGUGGAGCAGUACAUAUUUGCACCAGAGAUUAGGAACAUUGUGGCGCAUGAGGGUGUUGAGAGGACCGCAAGACACGAGAGGUUGGACAAAUGGAGGAAGAUCAUGGAAGGGAAAGGGUUCAAAGGGGUACCUCUGAGUACCAAUGCAGUUACUCAAUCAAAAAUAUUGUUGGGAUUGUAUUCCUGUGAUGGUUACAGGUUGACAGAGGACAAAGGUUGCUUGCUUCUGGGAUGGCAGGACAGAGCCAUCCUUGCUGCUUCUGCAUGGAGAUGCUGA